AUGAACACACAGGAGGUGAGAACACCUCGAGGAAAUCGACGGAGGAAAGCCGUGAUUGAUCUGAAUGCGGAACCCGGUGAUCAAGAAGGGACCUCGGCUCCUGUUAGAGCUCCUAGGGUUCCUACGGGUAACCUUCAAGGGGAGUCUGUACCUGCUCAGUUCCCCCCUACCAUGAUUGAUGUCGAUGCUAUCGAAGAUGAUGUUAUCGAAUCAUCUGCAAGUGCUUUUGCUGAAGCUAAAAGCAAAUCGACAGGUGCACGUCGGAGGCCUUUGAUGGUUGAUGUAGAGUCAGGAGGUAUCACUAGAUUACCUGCCAACGUAAGCAACAAACGCAGAAGGGUUCCUUCUAAUCAACCUGUCAUUGACUGUGAGCAUGCCCCUGUAAAUGUUGUUGAACUCAACAUGUCACCGAGACUGUCUAGGUCAAAGGCUCCAGCACCUCCACCAGAGGAGCCAAAAUUUACUUGUCCAAUCUGUAUGUGCCCGUUUACUGAGGAGAUGUCAACCAAGUGCGGUCACAUCUUCUGCAAGGGAUGUAUAAAGAUGGCAAUAUCUCGACAGGCAAAAUGUCCUACUUGUAGGAAAAAGGUAACCGCAAAAGAGCUGAUUCGGGUAUUCCUUCCAGCCACCAGAUGA